AUGCCGAAAUUCGCUACCCCUGUAGUAAAUGUGGAAAUUUACCUCACCACAAUAGGGCAAUUGUAACAGACCAUCUCUUAAGAUAUGGUUUCAUGGAUGCAUAUUCUGUGUGGUGGGCACAUGGUGAAACUUUAAGUAACAAUGUUGAUCCAUGGUUUGCCGCAAGUGAUGUGGCAUCCUCAAGUAAUAUUGAGGAACAUGGUAAUGCUGAGGAUGAUUUCCAUCACAUGGUUUAUGAUGCAUUCUGUCCAUCUGAGAAUGAUCGUCAUAGAAAUGAAACAGAGAUUGCAUCUGAAAAUGUUGAAGAUGUGCCAAAUAAUAAUGCACAAUCUUUUUAUGACUUGUUGUGUGCUUCAACCAUCCCGCUUGGACCAGCAUCUAACAACCAAACAUUGCUUAGUUGGUUAUCAUAUAUGCUGCACACCAAAGCCAAAAACCACAUAAGUGGUGUUGGUUACAAUGAGAUCAUUCAUGGCUGUAGGGAAUUGUUAAGUCUGGAAGAUCAGCAAAAAGUACCGUCAAAUUUUUAUGAAGCAAAGAAAUUCAUGAAAAGCCUAGGUUUAGGCUAUGUCAAAAUUGAUGCAUGUGUCAACAACUACUUUCUGUAUUAUGGUGAUGAGGCUAAGUCACUUACUGCUUGUCCAGUUUGUGGUGAACUUAGGUAUAAAAGACGCAACUCGGCUCAAACUGGAAAAAAGGAUAGGUUGAGGAAUUCUUUGUGGUAUCUACCCAUUAUUCCACGCCUACAGAGGCUGUACAUGUCUCGUAAAACCGCUGAGCAUAUGACAUGGCACCUUAAAUGUCGUGUUGACUCAGAGAUUCUCAUUCAUCCAGCUCAGUCUAAUGCUUGGAAGCACUUUGAUGCUGUUCAUCCUUCAUUUGCAGCUGAUCCGCGAAAUGUUUGGAUUGGUCUUGCAACAGACGGGUUUAACCCAUGGGGUCACUCUUCGAGGUCAUAUUCCUGGGUAGAAACAUUUAACAGCUUCCGUAAACAGAACUUCACAAUGCGAGCCAUGCUUAUGUGGACCAUAACAGAUUUCCCCGGCUAUGGUAUGGUUUCUGGAUGGAGCACGCAUGGCCGUCUGUCUUGUCCAUAUUGCAUGGAAAUGACUCGUGCUUUUUACUUGCAAAAUGGUCACAAGAUCUCAUUCUUUGAUUGUCAUCGACAGUUUCUUCCUGCAUCACACUCGUACAGAAUGGAUACAACUCAUUUCCUAAAGGGCCGCUUUGAAUUUGGCCCCGCUCCUCCACGAUUAGAUGGUCAUUCUGUUCGACUUCAAGUUGCCACACUACCUGAUGUUUUAUUUGGAAAUCCAUCAGUAAACCAAACUAUUUUCGGGUUCGGUGAAACACACAAUUGGGUGAAACGGAGUAUCUUCUGGGAACUCCCAUACUGGGAGGAUAACCUGAUCAGACACAAUCUUGAUGUCAUGCACUGUGAGAAGAAUUUCUUUGACAACAUAAUACACACAGUCAUGGAUGACUCAUCCUCAAAAGAUAAUGUUAAGUCAAGAAUGGACUUACCAUUGUACUGUGAUAGGGAAGAACUACACUUGUACUAUGACUGUUCUGGGUCGCUUUGCAAGCCAAAUGCAAGUUAUGCACUUAACACGGAUAAAAAAAGAUGUCUAUGUACGUGGCUCAAACAUGUGCGAUUUCCAGAUGGUUUUGCAUCUAACAUCACACGUUGUGUGAACUUAGCUGAGUUACGCUUAGUUGGACUGAAGAGUCACGAUUGCCACAUGUUCAUGCAGCGCCUCAUUCCAAUUGCUUUCCGUGGCUUGUUGCCGGAUUCUAUAUGGGGUCCAUUAACAGAACACCUAGCAAUCCAUCUUCCUUUCGAGGCGCGGAUUGGUGGGCCUGUACAAUUUCGAUGGAUGUACCCAUUUGAACGACAAAUCCACAAACUUAAACAAACAAUAGGGAACAAGAAUCAUGUUGAGGCAUCAAUUGUCGAAGCAUACAUUCUCAAUGAAAUAACAAAUUUUUGCUCCCGAUAUUUUGGUGCGGAUAUUGAAACAAGUUGGAGUAAGCCCCCAAGGAACUUUGCAGCAGUUCCACUUUAUAGGAACACAGAAUUCUCAAUAUUUGCAUGCCCUGGUCAUCCAAUGGAUUCACAUUCACAGACACGCUGUCUAACUACUCAAGAGAUGAAGGCGGCUGAACUUUAUGUCCUACUAAACUGUAGGGAAGUUGAUGCGUUUCUUAGCAUCUUUGAUCGAGAAGUUGGUGUAUAUAUGACCCCUUCUGAUCCAUACAAAGCACGCAACAGAAGUUUUGUUACGUGGUUCAAAGAUAGGGUGUUAAAUGGCCAUCAUGAAGGGAAUGGGGUUUUGCAAUACCUUGCACUGGGCCCAUCAUGGACAGUCAAUGUCUACAGAGGAACAACCAUAUCUGAUAAUGCCGAGACUGAUUAUUAUGGCAUCCUUAACGAAGUCAUCGAACUAUUGUAUUAUGGACCACAUGCACAAAUACAGACAAUUGUCUUAUUCAAUUGUGAUUGGUUCGAUACACGGAGGGGAACACGCAUUAACCAAGUUUACGACAUUGUUGAGGUCAACCUACAGUAUCGACUGUCGACCAGCGAGCCAUUUUGCCUUGUGUGUCAAUCAACGCAAGUGUAUUACACUAGUUACCCAUCAAAUAAUCAAGCAACUAACGGAUGGUUCGCUGCAUGCAAAAUACGUGCUAGACAUUUGAUUGACACUGGUUCAACUUCACUUGAUAUAGAAGAAAUAUUCCAGGAUGAGGAGCCACCAUCCACACAAUCAUUAGAGCAUAGUUCCAAUUUGGCAUCCACAGAAUGUGUGGAUUUGCAUGCAGAAGGAGCAACAAUGGUUGACUUAAAUGGAAAUGCAAAUGAUGAUGUUGAUGAAAAUGCGAGUGAAGGAAAUGAUGGAUAUGAAACAAGAAGCGAUGCUGGUGGCGAUAGUAGCGAGACUGAAUAGUCAUUAAAUAAUUGAAAGUCAU